AUGCAAGCCGAUGGACUUUUUGGAUUAGCUUCGGCCAUUAGAGGCAGAACCAAAUUGGCACCAGUUGAAUGGUGGAUGCAAUUUGGUUAUGAAGUUCCAAACUUGCAACAAUUUGGUAUUAGAGUUCAAAGCUUAACUUGUAGCUCAUCCGGAUGCGAGAGAAAUUGGAGUAUUCAUACUAAGAAAAGAAACAGGCUUGAACUAAAGAAACUCAAUGAUCUCGUGUUCGUAAAAUAUAAUAGAACAUUGGCUCGUCGUUACAAAGCUCGCAAUAUCAUUGAUCCAAUUUUAUUGAAUAACAUUGAUGAAGCAAAUGAAUGGUUAACUGGAGGCCCCCAAAAUCAUGAAGAAGAAGAAGUAUUUGAAGGAGAAGGUCUCACUUUUGGUCAUGUUGCUAUGGCAAGUGGAGUUGAAGAGAAUGUUUAUGGUUUUAGGGGAAGUACUUUAAGGAUCAAAGAAAGAGUAUCUACAAGUACAAGUACAUGCACAAGUAGAACCCUAAUUAAUGAAUCCUCAGAUGAAGAAGAAGAAGAUGAUGACCAAUAUAAUAACUCGAACAUGAUGACACUUCAAGAGUUUGGAGAUCUUGUUGAAGAAUAG